UGAGUAUGGUUAUUCGUGCGUAGCUUGAGUAUUUACAUGUUAUCGAGAAAAUAAAUUUAGUUCAAGUAAAUAUUCACUUAUACUUCACUUAUACUUUACUUACAGUAUAACUACAACAACGACUAAAUUAUAUCAUUGAAUCUUCACACGCCAAGGCUAGCUACAUGUAUUUACCCCUUUACAAAGUACCCCGCCAUACUUGGAACCCCAAAAGCUCCCCUCAUCUGCAGCAUAUUUCGAAUGCUUCCGAGAAAGAAAAGCAUAUCACAGCUCGAAACUUGACCGAGCGAGCUUCUUCACCUUCCAAUUUGUCCUACCCACACAUUCCCUACUUGGAAUAAAACAUACACAAACCACGUACAACAAUAUGCCGGCGACAAACCUGCUGCGGGGCAAAACCGCCAUCAUAACGGGGGGCACCACGGGUAUUGGCCGAGCCAUUGCCCUCGAAUAUCUGCGUCAGGGGUCCAACGUAGUAGUGAACCACCUCGGUCUCGAGCGCGACCAGCCUCAUCUUGAAUCGCUACUCGCCGAAGCCGAAUCUCUUAAGACCUCCAACACCGACUCCAACACAACAAUAGGCUCUCUCGACCAUCUCGCCGGCGACGUCUCGGACCCAGCCACAGGACCCGCGCUCGUAGCUCACGCCGUCUCGCGCUUCGGCCGCUUAGACAUAUGCGUGAGCAAUGCGGGAAUCUGCCAAUUCGCAGAGUUCCUGACUUUAACCGGGGACCUGUGGUCGCGGACGGUGCGCACGAAUCUCGACGGGGCGUUUUACGUCGUGCAAGCUGCGGCGCGGCAGAUGGCUUCUCAAGAGCCGUUACCAUCGUCCUCUUCUUCGUGGAGAAAACCGCAACGCGGGUCCAUCAUCGGAUUAAGUUCCAUCUCGGCGUUAGUAGGCGGCGGGCAGCAGACGCACUACACGCCGACGAAAGCCGGGGUACUGUCGCUGAUGCAGAGCUGCGCGGUGGCGUUAGGUUCGCACGGUAUCCGGUGCAAUGCGCUGCUUCCGGGCACGAUUCGGACGCAACUCAACGACGAGGAUCUGGCUGAUGAUGCGAAGCGGGCUUAUAUGGAGGGUCGUAUUCCGCUGGGACGCACCGGCGACCCCCGCGAUAUGGCGGGACCGGCCGUCUUCCUCGCCUCCGACGAGCUGAGUGGUUAUGUGACCGGUUCGCAGCUACUGGUUGACGGCGGUUUAUUUGUUCAUUUACAGUGACGAAAUACCGGUUGGCAACUCUGAUGAUGGCGAAAUCCCACCUACUGAUGGGUCGGAAUCGAUAUGCACAUCCAUCUAUCCACCAUCAUCGGGAAUCCGGGCCCCUAUUCCCAUUCUCGCCCUCCAUCUUAAACCCAAUGACACCGCUGGCAGUUAGGCAAACACGUACCUGUUCCAAGCACGUACAUAUUUACAUAAGGGCGCAUGUGCGAAGAUGCCGAGAAGAAUGGGUGGAUAGCAAGGCGGUUUAUGUGGAAACGUCGCAGAUCGCGGUGGCAAAUGUGACAUUCGAAUAAUAUUAUCGAAAUGUGGGCUGAUCCGGGGGUUCAAGUUGAUUAACCGUUGAUUUGAGGCUCAAAAAGUAGGGUCGAGAGACGAUAUAUUAAAGGUCUGCGUGGUUAUGAUUGGUGCUAGAAUAUAGUAGUUAUGUGUCACCGUUCAUCGACACGAUGCUUACCAGCUUAUUAGCAAAGCAAUAGUAAGAGCUGAGAUAUCCCAGAGGUUCAUCAAUGCAACAUCAGAAGCGUUCUUCGCUCCAAAGCUGAGAAUUUUUGCCGGGUUAAGAUGCCGAAGUAGUAGAUGUAACGUGGAAACCGCCUUACCAUACAGUCACAUCGCACA